CAGGUCCCAGGCCAAUGCAAAUUCAACCCAUGUACUUUCCGAACCUGUUCAUGAAAAAACUAAACUAAACAGAACACAGGCGCCCAUAAACUUGACGCGCGCGCACUUCGCACCGAAAACAGAAACCAAAGGAGCAAAACCUCAAACACAGCAUUUUCCAGCUUUCAAUGAUGUUGGACGCCGAUGAUGAUGGCUUCGGCGAUUUCAAGUUCGCGCCAUUCGAUCAUACCGUCCGUUCCAAUCCCAUUCUUAUGAACGGUCGAGAUUCAGCUGCUGCGACCAACGAUGACGAAGACUGGGGAGAUUUCGUCAACUCCGGUGGACUAUCCCACGCCCUAUCGCUCCCCAAAAUCUCGAAGCCCCUUGACCCGUUCGGAUUUUCUACAGAUCAAAAAGUGAAAAACAAUGAUUCGGAACCCAACCAGCCUGGAUCAGCACCUGGUCGGGUUAACUCGGGCAUGGCUCAAUGGGAGAAGCCAAAAGGAGCUUUGCCUCUUUCGAUCUUCGGGGAAUUAGAGGAAGAUGAAGAAUCAGGUGCGGGCGAUCCAUCUUUUGGCGAUGGUGGCGCUAGCUUUUUCUCUAGGAAAAAUGUUGAUUCUGUAAAGAAGGGAUCGGGUUUAAAUGUGAAUGAUUUGGUUGCUAAUUUAUAUAAACAGAGUGAUCAUAAAAUUGAGUAUUUACUAGAUUUGAAAGGAUCGAAUUCUGUAGACAAAACGAAUAAGAACGCAAAAAAUUCAGAUUUGAAUAUAAGUUUUCUGAAUUUAGGUGCAGUCGAACCUAAUUCGAAUGCACGCUCAUCAGAUUCUAGUGCGAAUUGGAUAUAUUCGAAUGCCAAUGAUUUGAACGAGAAUGGUAACGAUGAGCUGAAAUUGAAUUCACAGUUGUUGAAUUUGGAUUGGGAUACAUUGAAUUUGAAUACAAACGUAAGGAAUUCAAACAAAGAUGAGGCGAAUUCGGUUACAAAAGAGGCAAAAUCGAGCGCAAAUGGAGCUAAUUCUGUUCCGGUUGCUGACAAUGGGAAGUUUGAUGAUGGUGAUGGUGAUGGUGAUGGUGAUGGUGAUGAUGAUGAUGAUGGGUGGGAGUUCAAGGAUUCACAACCCAAAACUCAUGAGAUUUCUAAGGCAAACCAAAUCAAGACUAAGAAUGAGCCAGCACCUAAUAUUAAUGGAUUCAAUCUAAAUUUGAAUGAAUUGAGCUUGGAUCUUAAUGGGUGGGACAUGAAUGUUAAUGGUGUUAAUUCAAGUGCAACUUCAAUAAAUAUGGGUCUGGUUGAUGAAAAUAGAGAAGUUGAUGAUGGUGAUGAAGAUGGUUGGGAGUUCAAGGAUGCACAGCCCAAAACUUCAAUGGGUGAUGAGAUUUCUGAGGCGAACCAAAUCAAGACUGAGAAUGGGCCAGUAUCUAAUCUCAAUGGAUUCAACUCAAGUUGGAAUAAAUUGAGCUGGGAUUUUAAUGGGUUGAACUCAAAUUUCAGUAGUGUUAAUUCAAGUAUAAAUUCUAUGAAUCCGGGUUUGGUUGGUGAAAUUAGUGAAGUUUUUGAUGAUGGUGAUGGGGAUAAUGAUGGAUGGGAAUUCAAGGGUGCGGAUUCCAAGCCCCAGGCUGGAGAUGAGAAGGAUGGCCAGAUCAAGACUGAACCUAUGCCAACCUUGAAUUUUAAUAGGACUAGUUUAAGCUGGGAUGUGUUAAGUUCAGAUUCCAGUGGGUUGAAUCCAAGUGACGUGAAAUUAGAUGGGAAACAGUUUAUUGCAAACUUAAUUGAUGGAAAGAAGGAUUCUAGUGAUGCUGAUGGAUGGGCCUUCAAGGGUGCAGAACCAGAAUUGCAGUUCAGAGAUUUUAAGAUGAGGACUGAAAAUGGGCCAGCAGUGAAUUCUAAUGUGACUAAUUCCAGCUGGAACACAUUGAGUUUGGAUGAAGGUUCAAAUUCAAAAUUAAAUGGGGUGAAUUUGGACAAAAAGCAAGUGAAUUUGGAUUUAUUUGAUGAAAAUUAUGAUCUUGGGUGCAAUGAUGGAUGGGAAUUCAAGACUGUAGAAUCAGGAUCCAGGCUUGGAGAUGAGAAUACUAAGGGUGAUGGGAGAAUGCAAGAAAAUUUCAAUGGAGCACUUUACACAUUUGGUUUUGGCAAUGGUGUACAUGGUCAAUCGAACUUUGGAUUUGAUUUCUAUUCAAGCUAUAAAAAAAUGGAGAAUGAUAUGAAAGACAAGUUGCAUUAUCCCCAAGUUGAUGCAAAAGUUGGUUCUGAUGAAAACUCCUGGGCAUUUAAGGAUGCAUUUUCAGAAGCUGGAUCAAAGGAUAAGGAAGAGCCCAAGGUUGCUGAAGUUUCUCUUGCUGUGGAAGCCUUGGUAUUUGAUGAUGAUGUCCAGGGAAACAAGGUAAGGGCAGACAACCUCAAAGGAGCCCUGCCCCUGUCCCUUUUUGGUGAUGAAGAAACAGAAGCGGAUGAUCCUGUGAUCCAUCAAGAUAUUUCAACUCAGAAGUCCACCUCUGAUCAAAGAGUUGGCAUUAAGAGUCCCCAUUUUAAUAUUUCUAUCAAUGAUCUUAUAUCGAAUUUAUACAGUCAAGCUGAGCAGAGUCAUUUAGUUAAUCAUGAACAAAGUCUGAGUGAAAAUGAAUUGGAUUUCACCAAAACUGUGAUGUCCUCUAAUUUGACAAAUGCUAAUCAUGAUUUUGAUGAUGAUUCCUGGGAAUUUCAAGAUGCCUCUACAGGAGCCAGAGCUGAAGACCAGACCUCUGUUCAUGGUCUUCACGAGUGUCAUGCAAAAUAUUCUACCAAAAUAGAGCUAAAUGAUUAUGUGGAAUUCUUUUCCAAAUUGAAGGAUGAACUGCACUACGUUGCACUCUGCCAUCUGGAAAAUCUAAAGAAAACUCAAAGUGAUGCUGCUCUUAAUGGUGAAGAUGCAAAAGUGCAAGCUUUUGAUAAAGAAAUACAGGAUCUUGAUAAUGAACUGCACCAAGAUAGUAUUUUCUCUUGUGAAGUCCACUCAGAGAGUCGCUCACCAGGAAAUAUAUGCCUCAAUAUGUUCGUUGAAGUUUUGCAGGAGCCUGAGUUCCAAGGUUUUGAGUCAGACUGUCAUUUAACAAAGAAAUUGUCACUAGCAGAGAGUGAUUUGAGAUCAGCACUUGCACUCCUCAAAUAUGUGGCCUUGACACUAAAAAUUUUAACAUCAGUACCAAGGGAGGAGCAAUCUAGACAUAUUUCUGCAUGGUCUAAAAUGCUGUCUGUUUGUGCACAAGAACUGAGGCAUGGCGCCUUCAUCUGGAAACAGUCAUUGAAAGAGAACGUCCAUGACCAAAUAUUAUCUAAACCUCAAGGCAAGAAGUAUGUCCUUGCCCUUGGUGAAAUUUACAGAGUUGUUGAAGUUCUUCAAUCCUCAGCGACACUUUAUAAGCCAUGGAUAUUAGCAAGUUCAACAGAUCCCAUGGGCAUAUUUACUCUUCUAAGCGAGUGUUCUUCCCUAUGGUCAAGUUCAGGACUUGAAGAAGCUCUGCAUGGCAUUUUGAAUUCACCUGAUUUUGAAUAUCAUGAAAGUCUGAAGACAUUGCUAGAAUCUAUCAAGUAUAUCCAUGAUCUUGAUUCCUACACACUUUAUAAUCAUGUUGUCUCUGGACAAGGCCGUAUCUGUCAACUGUCAGGUUUAACUACCGGAAUAGUGCCAGGAAUGAAAACAGUAAUCUGGAAUGGAGAGCAUUGCUUUCUCACACUCGCUAAUUUAUGGGCAAAUUUAGUUAGCAGUGAACCUCCAAAUUUGCCGUGCAUAAAUGUUGGCUGAUGAGAAUGCUGGGACAAGUUGGAUGUCAUUUUAGCAGCUAGUUACCUGUCAGAGGCACCAUCUAAUCAAAUUAAACCAUUUGUGACAAGCCUUGUGGAGCAUAAACCAUCUGUGAUGAGGCUUCUGGGUAUAAACCACUGGCUGCAGCACUUCAAGGAUCGCACUCGGGGAUGUCAGUAUUACAGUACGAAAACUGAAGAUGUAAAUGGCCGAAUUGGAGCUUGGAGUGACCGGGUGAGGAAUCCAGGUCAACACUCUUCUUUUUUUUUUCUUUCCAAAUUUACUGGUUGCCAUUCAUUACAAGAGAUAUGCGACAUAGCAAUUGGGUGUAGAGUCAGUGAAUAUCACCCAUAUACCUAGAAAUUGAUAGGAUUGUGACAUGUAUACAGUUGCUUCUCUUUUUUUUUUUUUUUUAAUGUUGCGUAAGUGAAGUUGUAAGCAAUUCUACUAUUAACUUACCGCAUUAUUUGGAGAAGCAAAAUUGUUUGUGUCAAUUUUAUUGUAGAGGAAUGGAUUUUUGUUUGCAAUAAUUAAAGUUGCAGAGGAAUUAAUUA